UCGGCCUCCCUCCUGCCCUGCUCUCUCAGGCCAAGGCUGGAAACAGCCUCCGCAUAUUUAAAGAGGGCAAGAGCCCCCCUUACUCAGUGAGCAGACAGAGAGCACGCGAAUCGAUUUGACUGUAGUCAGAGAGUCUUCAAGAUGCCAAACUGGGGCGGAGGAGCAAAAUGUGGAGCCUGCGAAAAGACGGUCUACCAUGCAGAAGAAAUCCAGUGCAACGGCAGGAGCUUCCACAAGACCUGCUUUCACUGCAUGGCCUGCAGGAAGGCUCUCGACAGCACCACAGUAGCGGCUCAUGAGUCAGAGAUCUACUGUAAGGUCUGCUAUGGGCGCAGGUACGGCCCCAAGGGGAUCGGGUAUGGGCAAGGCGCUGGCUGCCUCAGCACGGACACGGGGGAGCACCUCGGCCUGCAGUUCCAACAGUCCCCAAAGCCUGCACGAUCAGCCACUGCCAGCAACCCUUCCAAGUUCACUGCGAAGUUCGGUGAGUCAGAGAAGUGCCCGCGAUGUGGAAAGUCAGUCUAUGCAGCUGAGAAGGUCAUGGGAGGCGGCAAGCCUUGGCACAAGACCUGUUUCCGCUGCGCCAUCUGUGGGAAGAGCCUGGAGUCCACAAAUGUCACUGACAAAGAUGGGGAACUUUACUGCAAAGUUUGCUACGCCAAAAAUUUUGGCCCUACAGGCAUUGGGUUUGGAGGCCUCACACACCAAGUGGAAAAGAAAGAGUGAAAGGAACGUUCUUUCUCGCAUCCUUCGCUGCGGAAGACAUCGUGGAGUGAUCCUGCACAGAUGGAGUUUUCCCCGACAGCCUUGUUCAUAGUUGGACAGCAUUCUCUUCAGCAUUGAUUGUGGGCUCUUCCAAAGUGAGAAAAAAAAAAAAACUUUGGAAGAAAAUUAUUUAAAACUUAAUCUGCAACAAAAGCUUUAUUAUUUACAAUUCUUGGGGUGGGAGAGGCAAGAAAUAAAUGUUUUAGUGGUA